AUGGACGAUAUUGCAUCGAUUCGACAGGCUCUCGAGGAUAACAUUGCCCUUUCGGAUGAUUUAUCUCAACAACUUCGCGACGUUGCCAACAAAGCGCAGAAAUUGCUCAACGAAUGGUCGCAUUAUCGAAAGGAUAUGAUUGAGAAGAUGUACGCGAUUGCAAAUGAUCUUGACACCUGGGAAAAGAAUUGCGCGAUGUCCACGGCUGUCGGGAGCGGCGUGGGUCUGGCGAGCGGUUUCGCCACCAUUGGCGGUCUUUUGCUUUUCCCGCCGGCGGCGAUUGCGGGAAUGAUUGUUGGCGCCGUCGCUGGCGCUUCAAAUGUCGCCACAAACGUCUCGAAAAUGAAUCACUUUAAAAAUUUGGCUAAUGAAUUGAAUGGAAUGACGUCACAUGAUAAAUAUCUCUUCGAGCGCCUCAUGGAGGCUCGUAGCGAGCUUUUCGACAUCAUCGGCAAAGUGAUCGACGCCUAUUACAAGGAUCGCAAGUUCGACGGAUUCGACAUCCCAGGAAACAUUCAUCGAAUUCUCGGAGCGUCGACUUUUGGAGCUGGCGGUUUCGCCACGAAGUUUGCCGCCGCCCAAAUGGGCCGAUUGACGUCGAGCCUCGUGAAAGGAAUUCUCCACGGCGCGGCGGUUGUCGGAAUCAUCCUCGACGGAGUCAGCUUGGCAAUUAGCGCUAAGGAAUUGGGAAAAUCGUCGUCGAAAUUUGCGCGAGAAGUUCGCGAAGCCGCAGAACAAUACGAAAGACAAAGAGAAAAAGUUUGCAACAAUUUCUUAAAUGAAGACGUUUGGAAUGAAUGA